GAGUUUGCUCGUCAUACAGCGGCGCUAAGAUGGCUUCGGCGGCUUGGCUGCAUGGACCCAGCGUUACACGCUUAACAGAAGGGCUAGUGUCUGUCCUAAAGGAGGAAAGACCUGAGUAUUUACCCGCUCUUCUAGCAAACUACCGUGAGCAUGGCGUGGUCGGGACUCAGAGCACGGGAGCUGUGGGUGGUCUGGUGGGCAUCAGUAAUACACGGCUCGGCUCCAGUAAGACCAGGUUUGAGGGUCUUUGUCUCCUGUCUGUGCUGGUGAAGGACAGUUCAAGUGAAGUGUUCCAACAGCAUUGCCUUUCAUGGCUGCGAACACUGCAGCAGGUCAUUCAGUCGCAGUCCCCUCUCCCUACUGUGCAGCUUGCUGUGAGUGUGCUGCAGGACUUGUUGCAGUACUCGUCCCAGCUGCCAGAGUUAGCAAGGGAGGUGGGACUCAACUCCAUCCUGGGCAUUCUGACCUCCCUGCUCAGCCUAAAAUCGGAGUGCCACCUAGCUGCUAUGAAAGGAAUGAUGGCGUGUAUGAUCUACUACCCACGGGCUUGCGGAUCUCUGAAGGAAAAGCUUGGAGCGUAUUUCCUUUCUAAGAUGGACUCUGAUAAUCCUAAAGUACAAGAGGUGGCUUGUGAGUGUUACGGCCGGUUGCCCUGUCUGGGUGGGCUGUUGGAACGAGGGGGAGGUGGACACAAGGCUGAGGGGUGGACCAAUCAGCUGCACAGCCUACUAGCAUCAGCCAAUAGCAUACUGGAACAGUUUUACCAGGGCACAGAAACGGAAGGGACAGUGCAGUAUGAAGGUCCUGGUGUGGAACUCCCCUUUGCUCCCCUGGAUGAUGUAGAUCCACUUCUGAUCCUUCAGCUCCAUCACCGUUACAAAGCUAUUUGUCUGGCUAUUAAACACACUCUUAGUGUUGAUCCCGCGUCUUCGGUCCGUCUGCCUGUUCAGAAUGUUCUCAAUUUGGUGUGUCGAGCUUUGGCUGUCAACACGAAGAGUAUUAGUCCAACCGGAGAGGGCUGUCUGAAGCUGUUGGUUUUACCCUCUGUACACAGCGACACUCUAGAGCUCCUCUCUGCUCUCAUCAAGGCUGUGGGAGGUGGACUGGUCCAGUAUAGCAGUGUGCUCACAAGGCUUUUCUCUCAAUCUCUGUCUGCAUGGAUGCCUCUGCCUGAGUCUAGUCUGGGCCAGCAAAGAGCUUACAGUGCAGUGCGAGUGGCCGUGUACCGUAUCAUAGAACUGUGGGUAAGAGUAGGGGGUGUCUCACUGCUUCAGGGAAGCCCCUCCCACACAGAGUUACUGUUCACUCAUCUGAUGGGUGACAUCACGCCAGGAUCAGAAGCAGUCAAGCUUCGUUCUGGACAACAGUCAUCAAUGACUGACCUGAUUGGUUCUGCUGGCAAGUCAGGUCCUCGUCGGACUAAGGGAAUAGGAGAUGGAAUGUCACUACAGAGGAAAGGAGAUGUGCUAGCCAAUCAAGACACAUGCGUUGCUGCUCUACGGGCAUUAAGACAGAUCAUUUUGACCAGUGGAACUUUGUUAAAGGAAGAUCUGCAAAAGAGGAUCCAAGACCUGGUGGUGCCUCUGUGUGUGCGUCUACAGCAGCAGGCUCACUGUUUGCUGGAGGUCGGUGCUGUCAGUGGACAGUAUGGCAGCCCUACCCCUCGCCGAGAGCUCUACCGCCUCUUACUGGCACUUGUGCUGGUGCCCUCUCCCCGCUGGCCUCCUUCCCUCUCCUGCGCUGUUUCCAUCUUCAGCCACGGCCGGCGAGAUCGCAACAUCAUGGUAUCGUCAUUCUGUGCUGAGGCUCUGACCAUAUGCAACACCCUUAUUCAUCCUCGCACACCCUCAAUAUCUCUCCCUCUCACCCCUUUAACUCUCAAAUCAACCGCAUCUGCCCCUGUCCUUGCCUCUGGCCAAAACCCCUCACUAACCCUCCCUACCCUCCUUGGUGGAACCACAACAGGGCCUCCUUUCCCUGCCAGGCAUCCCAUGGGCUUAGGCCCUGCUUCCCUCCUUGGCUCGCUGGAGAACCAUCUACCUUUGGCUCCUCAAGUUCUUCCAACUCCAGCAGGCACUACGGCCAGCCCAGGUGACCUGCUGCUCUCUCCGUCCCAACCGGGUGAACUGGCGGGCUUCGGAGCCCCUGAAAGCCAACGACAAGUUUUUGUCCGUUACGACAAAGAAGAGCCAGAAGAUGUGGAGAUCUCUUUGGAGAGUGAUUCAGAUGAUAGUGUUGUUAUUAUGCCAGCAGGUAUGAUGAUGGAGAUGCAAGAUGGAGCGGCAAAUGCACAAUCGUUGUCCCAGCCACCGGUAUCUGUGGUAGGUGGCCUGCAGACACCCGUCCCAGUAGUGGGAGAGGUUGGGUCUGUUGACACCGCGCUAACUAACGAGCUGCCCACCUCCAUUCCCCACCAGAUUCUGCCAGCUAGCGUUAAUAACAUUAACUCUUUCCCUGGACCAAGCCAGACAGCCCAGCUUGUGUCUCUGGUGCCUCCUCUAAACUCAACUGCAGCUUCACUCUCAGCAUCACCUGCUGGUCUUGCGGAUUCACUGACUGGUGGCCCACAACUUCAACAGAUGCUGAUGCAAAAUUCUCCAGGUGGGCAGCCGCCAACGCUGGGCUUGUCUUUACAGAUGCAGCUUCAGAACCAGAUCGGCCGUCAGCUCCAACCGCAGCCUCCAGGCAAUGACGUGGACCAGAAUGUCAUCAACAUCAACAGCUCGGAUGACGAAGAGGAUGAUGAAGAGGAGCUGGAGGAUGAAGAAUUAGGAGAGGAGGAAGAGGAGGAGGGGCUGGAGGAGGAAGAGGAGGAAGAGGAAGGCAGCGAAUUCCUGGAUGAUGAGUACUGUGAGGCAGAGGACUUUGAUGACUAUGAUGAUGAAGAGGCGGAGGAUGAGGACGAAGAGGAGAGUGAGGAGAUCCAGCCGUUGGAGGGAGAAGAUGACAGAGGGAUGAUGGGCGACGAGGAGGCUGAAGUCAUGUUUGCGGCGGAAGAGCAGCAAGGAAUGGAAAUGUUCUGCAUGGAGAGAGAACGAGAAGUAGAAGCAGGGAUCGAGGAGAUGGAGGGUGUGAGGAGCGUCUAUGUCGAUGACCGGAUCAAGGAGAAGGGGACCGUGGAGGAAAUUGAGAACAUUGGAGCGGUUGAGAGAAAUGAAGCUGUGGUUGGCAAGCAACAAAUAGAGACUCUUGUAAUUGGUGGAGAUGCAGAGGGCCUUGAGGAGGAUACCAUAGCGGAGGCGGUUGAACCUGAAGUGAGAACAUGUGAGCAGGAAGUGGCAAGGCCAGAAGAUCCCGAAGAAGAAGCUGGGCCAUCACAACAGGGACAAGAAUUGCCUGUAGAGGGCCAAGUUGAAGAGCAAGAAACAGAAUUACAGCCCGAAGACAAAACCAAUCCGAGCGCACCAUCCACAACAGAGCAGGAGGUGUUACAGAGUGCAGAUGAGACCGUUAAGGAAGAGAAAGAGAGCGAAGAACAGGAAGAUGAUGCAGAUGCUAGAGGAACGAAGAGGAAAAUGGGGGAUCGUGAAGAAGGAGAGUCUGCUGAACAAGGCAUCGAAAAGAAAAAGGAUGGGAAUGAUCAAAAAUCAGGGCAUAAACAUGCCGGUCAAAAAGAUGAUGAGGUAAUGGCUUCCAUGCUGGCAGACUUUGUUGACUGCCCACCAGAUGACGAGGAUCAUAGUGCCUCACAAUCACAGCCCUAACAUGACCAUGCUUCUCAUUCACUCUCUCACAUCAGAGGAGCACUGCAAUAAUUGUAAGGUCCUGAAAGAUCCCACAUAGUCACAUCUGACUGAUCAUGUCCCAUCAACCUCUGUUGUAGUUGCACUUGAGAAGCUCCAACUUGGUUUCUUUGAAAGAGUUUAAGGUUUUCAGGCUAUUACCAUUGGUAAAUUGUUGAACACAGCAAAAACUAUUCAUAAGCUGAGAGAUGACUUUUAGGUGGUCAUUGUUUGUCUUUUUAUUUUUCUGGCAGCUUAAUUAAUACAAGUAUGAUGAUACUGUAGUUUCAAGUAUUCAAGUCCUUUUAUCAUUUGGACAAUAUGGUUAAUUUUUUGUGGCCUCUUUUUUUUGUAAUAUCGUUUGUAUAUGUAACACAUACUUGGCAUUGUUUAACAAGAUCAUGCAAUAAAGUGAAUCUGUUAUGAUG